GGUUCGAACGGGAUGGCGGCUGAGGCGGAGGAAGGGAUGUCCAGGCUGGCGAGCGACUCUAGUACUAUGGUGGCGGGUGGAGAAGUGUCUACGAAUAAGCGGAAAGGAGGAAGAAUCGUCAAGUCUCGCUACUUGCAGUACGACAAGAAAGACGCCAAGAAGGAUGCUUCAGCAAAUUCCUUUUUAUCACCUGCUGCUAAACCAUCUUCUGCAACUAAACCAAGAUCAGUUCUUCAGAAAUGUAAAACUUCUGCUGAUGUUCUCCCUAGCUCAUUAAAUCAGAGUAGUUUUGAGAAAGGUGAUUUGCAGUCCACUUUAUUGGAUGAAGGUAAAAUUAGUCGACCGGACCUUGAUCUUUCAGCUAUUAAUGAUACAGCUGUCCGCAAAAAGACUCCUGGUUCAAAAUCUGCUUCCAAAGAAGGUACAGGGACAUGUCAAAAAACCAAACAAGUGGGAAAUGAUUCUGAUGCUCUGAUGGAAGAGCUGGAAUCUCAGACACUGCUUUUAACUUACCUAAGAGUAAAGGCAGAAAAAAAUCUUGCCGAGCUGGAGAAAAAAGCAGAAAAAAACUUGUUAAUGUUGUGUGAAGAAAAGGAGAGACAACAGGAGAAGCUCUAUGAGUUGAAGCGUGAAAUUCUACUCAAAGAGAGAGAGCAGAAACUUGAUGAUGCAUUAGACAAGCAGAUAGAAGUACUUUCUUCCCUUGUUCCAGUUUGUGGACAGUUUAAAGACCAAUAUAAAAGCUUUGCAGCUUCCCUGGAUGCCACUAGACAUGAAUUACCCAUAAAGAAUAUUCACAUAGAAGGAGAUAUGCUAACAUACCUUGAUGAACUGCAAAAGCAAUUAACUAUCACACAGGAACUUCUGACAGAAGUUAUGCCAAGCUACUCAGAAGAAAGUGCAAAAGCAUUUAGUGUGCUGAAAGACCUUAAAGGAGUUUCUCAGCAACUGGAUAAAGAGCUUCAAAGGAGCUUCACAGAAGUGCAGAACCUGUCAUUUGCAGUUACUAAAGAAGUUUCUCUGCAUAACCAAAGAAUAUGCGAAGAGAAAAAUGGACUAGAUGUUGUGAAACACUGGUACUUCAACUAAGUUUGUGUAUUGUUUUACUAACGAGUGGGUUCUAAAUCAAUGCCAGCAUACUUCCUGUGUGAACAUAUAACUUAUCCAAAUUUUCAGUUAUACCAGAAUAUGAAACCAGCAGCAUAUAUGCUUACUAAUGUAAGAAAUGGAGUUUUCUUCUGCAUGUCCCAUAAGGAGACAUCUUUUUUUUAAUAUGAAUUUCUGUGACACCAUUUUCAUCACCUUCUGCCUUGACAAUACUGAAAGGUAAAUAAUUAAUGUUAUUCUUAGCAAAUAUGACCUAUGUAUUGUUAAACUUCUUGUUCUACUUCCUUGGAACUGGCUUCAAGUACACUGUUUUGCAUCUCUUUCCGAAGUAGUGUUCCUUAGAGAGCAGCAUAUCAGAAUAUAGAUGUGGAAUUGUGUAUGUGGUACUGUAUAUUUGCUGAUCUCAUCAGGAGGAUCUGUAGGAAUGUACAGCAUGAUCAUUGGUGGCCCAGUGAAGAACUUCUGGAGAAACUCUUAAUUGUCCCUUAUUUCUGGAUUUGUUGAGAGGAAAAGCUACCAAGGUAGCAAAUAAUGAGGCUGAUGCUUGGAAGGAGCCUGGUUACUUCUAACAAGUGAAAAGUUUUGGUAACUUGUUGCCUAAU